AUGCUGAACCAAACAGAGGUCAGUGAAUUCCUCCUUUUGGGUCUCACCAAUAUCCAGGGGCUGCAGCACUUUUUCUUCACCUCCUUUCUGCUGCUCUACUCGGCCACUCUUCUGGGAAACAGCAUCAUUGUGAUCGUGGUGAUAUCUGAGCCCCGGCUCCACACACCAAUGUACUUCUUCCUGGGGAACCUGUCCUGCCUGGAUAUGUUCCUCUCCACAGUCACUGUUCCGAAGAUGUUGACUGGCUUCCUCUUCGGGCACCAGCCCAUCUCUUUUGGGGGGUGCCUGGCCCAGCUGCACUUCUUCCACUUCCUGGGCAGCACAGAGGCAGUGCUCCUGGCCGGGAUGGCCUACGACCGAUACGUGGCCAUUUGCAACCCUCUGCACUAUGCCCUGGUCAUGAGCCCACGGACUUGUCUGCUGCUGGCUGUGGCCAGCUGGUCCACUGGGUUUGUACAUGCUGUGAUGCACUCAGUCAUGACCUCUCAGCUGAGUUUCUGUGGCCACAACCAAAUUCAGCACUUCUUCUGUGACAUCAAGCCACUGCUGAAUUUGGCUUGCAGUAGGACCAGACUCAACAUGACACUCCUCAAUGUUGUUACCACAUCUGUUGUUUUAGGGCCCUUCACUCUCGUAGUCCCUUCCUACCUCUAUAUUAUCUCCUUCCUCUUCUAUAAAGUCCAGUCCCAGGAAGGAAGAUGGAAACUCUUCUCCACCUGUGCCUCCCAUCUCACUGUUGUAGUACUGUUUUAUAUUCCAGUGCUCCUCAAUUACACACCACCCUCCUCAGGAAACCCCACUCAAAUGGAUGUGCAAGUGACUCUCAUAUACAGUGCUGUCACUCCAGCUCUGAACCCCUUAAUCUACACACUUAGGAACCAGGAGGUGAAAACUGCCCUGAAAAAAACCUUACGGAGAAAAGUCUUUCCUGGAGGAAAGUGACUGAAACAAGGAGAAGACUCAGAAUAUGGC